AUGUGUGGAGAUGCGAAAAUAGUAAAUAAUGAAUCUGCCUUGGCAUCAGCUGCCAUUGAUAAACCACCUAAUAUGGACUUUCGCGAUACAAAAGAUUGUGCUUGGUUACCCAUAAAAACCUUGAUGUGGGAGAAGGGAAAGAGAAGUUGGAGCACCGUUGGUUAUUCGCAAUUAUCAGGAAGCCUUCUGACGCUGAAAGAAAUUUUUCCGAACUCAAAGAUGGGAUUCAAUAAACGCAAAUUCUUGGUUAGCACAUUGCCUUGGGAUCCCUUUGUCAUCUAUAAUGAGAAAAGAAACGAAUAUACAGGAUUUACCAUGGAUUUACUACAUCAUCUUGCUUUAGCCCUCAACUUCACAUAUGAAAUAACACGACCCCCUGACGGAAAAUGGGGUGCUCAGAUGGAAAAUGGAUCAUGGAAUGGUUUAAUGGGUCAUCUUGAAAGACGGGAUGUAGAUCUAGUUGCAGCUCCUGUGACUGUUCAAAUCACCAGGGAAAAUGCUGUCGAUUUCACAAUUCCCUAUUUUUAUGACUCUCCAGCUAUUUUGUUGAAAAAGCCGGAUCCGAAUUCAAAAAAAUGGAGGACAUUAAUAGACCCCUUUAGCGAAUAUGUAAUUUUGUGUAUAUUCAUUUCCCUCCCAGUUACCUCACUUUUUUUGUUUUUCUUCGAAAAAUGUACUCCUUACUAUAGAAGAAUGGAAGAUAGAGAUAAAGUAAGAGGAUUGCAUCAUUUCUUGGACUCCCUUUGGUAUAUGUAUGGUGCGUUGUUAACACAAGGUGGUGAACAUAUGGCAGGUUCGUCUUCAGGUCGUACGUUAUUGAGCUCUUGGUGGAUAUUUUGCAUAAUUAUGAUGGCGACAUACACCGGUAACCUCGUGGCCUUCCUUACUGUAACCAAAGAAAAGCUGCCUUUCUCUGAUAUUGCUGGACUUGUAGAACAAGGCAGUUAUAAAUGGGGAACACAUGAGGGAACUAUCUUUGAAACAAUUUUCAAGGAGGACUGGAAGACAUUUGGGUGUUGA